UGAAGCGCGAUUGCCUCGUGGUAUUCUAUUAGCAACGGCGAUGAUAGCACGAGCACGUCUUUCCAGAAGUUUAGCAACCAUUGUCGUUGCAGCAGGUGCAAGAGCGGUCUCAGUCUGCGACGAAAAAGCAGCGUAUUGCAAGGCCUUCGACGAGCCGGUAAAGGCUAAGGCAGCACAGAAUAAUUAUGUCGAGUCGGAAGGCUACAACGAGAAAGAAGGACGCACUGAGAUGUCACUACUGCCCGGGGGAAAUGCAGGUGGGCACUCAUCGUUAACGUCAUCGAAGAUAGCAGCAGUGGACGUCUGCCCCUGCCGUGGAGUAAAAUAGUGGCCCGUCCGGCUCGCGUCGAGGCGAUUCGCUUCUUCGAAUCGAGAACGUGGAAAGGUUGACGGGGAGGUCAUCGCUAGGAAGGCUUGUUCAAUAAAAUGAGGUGCGGCGGUAAGACUUCUAGCAUAAGCUUUGAUCUCUCGAUGCAGGGCGGAUGGGGAUCAUAGGCCUUCUGCAGAAUGCUAGUGGAGAGCGGCUCUCCUAGAUGGGCC